AUGGUGGACCAGAUGAAACUGCUGAAAUGGGGGAAUCCAAGACUUUUUUCGGACUCACUUUGCGACUACUACCCGACGAGUUAUGACGAUUUGAACGCGUGGCUGGCGCGCGAUCGCGAACUCCCGCUUGAAGUACCCAUAGCUGGUCCCACACAGGUGGACUUGCUCGAUGCUGUUCUCUACAGGAAAAAGGACGGUGAGCUCGAUCUGGAGCACAAAUUGCGGGCCGAAUACGCUCUGUUUCAGGCCACUUCUGGGAAUUUGAAGGCAGAACAACAAAAUCAAGCGAGUUUGAAAAACAAGAGUGAGAUUCUGAGUCUGAUUCGAGAAUUAGGAUCUGUGGCUUUGAAUGAGGAUAACCUUGAAAAACUUUGGCGCGUCCAACGCGAUUCUGAAGAUGGUGAAGAAGACGCCAUUCCUAGCCCAUCUGCAAGCCGAAAUCUGCAACAGAAGCAAUUGGACGAAGUGACCUCUUACUUAUUGUCGAGUGCACUCCAGCGUGACAUCAAUCUCAAACCACCUCGAGAAGUGGCUCCCCACGAUGAUGUUGCGUUCGUCAAACAGUGCAUUGACGCCCUGAUGAAUGUGGUGAAUAAACAACCCACAGACUUGCCAGAGGGCAAAGCUCCGCAGACAAACGACGACACCACCACCGCAUUAAAAGAUUUGCAACUGGCCCACAGCUUCCUGACCAAAAAAUUCGAAAAUGAUAGAAAUGAGUAUCUUCACAGCAUAGAAAAACUAAACAGGACUCACAAAGAACUGGUUCAAGAAAACACAACACAUAUUUCCAAGAUUUCGGACCUAGAGGAUAAAUGCAAGAGCUUGGAGCAUCAGAAGGACAUUUUGACAAGGCACGUGGAAGGCUUGACCACAUCUAUUACACCCACUACAAUCUUGGCAUCUCCUCUCUCAAGUCCCGGCUCUGCAACAGGCAACGGAAACUCAUAUUCGAUUGGCGCAAUGAGAGCGGAGUUCAAGAAAAUUCUCACAGAAACCCGCCUAAAACACGAGGAGGAGCUCGAUCGUGAACUAUCUUUGCGCAGGACACUGGAGAAAGAACUGGGGCGAUAG